AUGUUCGGAUUAUUCGUGGACUAUCCUCCUGCGCCAGAUUCUGGAUUUUGGGGCACUCCUACAUCUACUAUCGACUGGUGCGAAGAGAAUUAUGUGAUAUCUCCUUAUGUGGCAGAAUGGUCUAACACACUAACGAACAGUGGAUUUAUUCUGUUGGCACUAUAUCUGUACUAUUCUGCUGGUAAGAAUAAACUUGAAACCAGAUUCAAACUGAUUUGCGCUGGUUUUGGACUGGUAGGAAUCGGGUCUUGGCUUUUUCACAUGACCCUUCAAUAUGAAUAUCAGCUAUUGGACGAGUUACCCAUGGUUUAUGCCACCUGUAUUCCAGCGUGGAGUAUAUUUUGUGAGGAAAUCGAUGCUGCUACAACCAAAAUCAAGUCUCCAACAAAACGGAAGCAGUGGAUAAUCGGACUGUCCAUUUUUACUGGUGCCAACAUACUUACCGCUGUAUAUCUUAUUUUCAAAGACCCAACGAUCCAUCAAGUUGGGUAUGGGGUUAUUAAUGCCCUUUUAAUCUCGUUUGCGUUCCGACUCACGUCUCUGUUUGUGGACGACAAAAAAGCGAAGAGGAAUCUACAAAAUUCCAUGUUACUUGGCAUAGGGAUGUUUCUGUUUGGAUUUUUCUUCUGGCAACUUGAUGUUCAUUUCUGCAAGUUUUGGAUCAUGAUAAGAAGAUUAUACCUCAAAUUACCCCUUGGACUGUUUUUAGAGUUCCAUGGUUGGUGGCAUUUGUUCACUGGGCUCGGAGUGUACUUCUACAUUGUGUUCUUAGAAUACUUGAGAAUCUAUAUUCACGGAAAAGGGGACCAGUAUCAAAUGAUAUGGAGAUGGUCCAUAUUCCCAGAGGUUGUUUUGACAAGUUCAAGGAUUUCAACACCAUACUCUACAGAAUUGUUCGGUGCAUUUGAAUCUCUCCCAACACAUCGUUUAGAGGAGAGAAGCAAGUCAGAAUAA